GACAACGACAUGCAGGCCGACGCUCUCCGCCGCUAAAAGCGAGGGACGAGCCACCAGAGAGGCCGAUAUAGAGGUGCUUGUGUGCGGGGAGACGCUCUAUCCGUAGCCGCCGAGAUGCUGCUGCUGCUGCUGACGGCUCUCUCAUCCAGCGUGGAGCUGGCCACCGCUGAGGGUUGUGGGACAUCAUGUGGAAAAUGUGACUGCAGUGGUGUGAAAGGAGCAAAAGGUGAGCGUGGGCUCUCUGGUCUUCAAGGUAAUAUGGGAUUCCCAGGAUUGCAAGGACAUGAGGGGCCCCCCGGACCGAUGGGUCCCAAGGGAGAUCCAGGUCAGUUUGGGGCUCCUGGAAUAAAAGGAGUCCGGGGUCCUCCUGGUCUUCCAGGGUUCCCAGGAAACCCAGGUUUACCAGGGAUCAAUGGAAACGAUGGUCCACCUGGUCCUCACGGUGUUCCAGGAUGCAACGGCACUAAAGGUGAUAGAGGGAAAGACGGCAUUCCUGGCUUUGAUGGUCUGCAAGGACCACCUGGCAUCGCAGGACUUCCUGGAAUGAAGGGUGAUCCAGGUGGUGUGAUUGGGAUUAUUCCCUUGAAAGGAGACAGAGGCUUUCCUGGCACACCUGGAAUACCUGGAUCCAUUGGACCUUCUGGUCCGACUGGUCCUCCAGGACCUCGGGGAUACGUAGGACCAAAAGGUGAUCCCGGCCUACCAGGACUCCCUGGAGAGAAGGGUGACAGACUGGCCUUUGUGAGUGAGAAAGGAGAUAAGGGUGAGCCAGGCUUUCGAGGCCCCCCCGGGCCCCCCGGACCGCCGUCACUUCCAGUGGACGGUGCAACCACAGAGUACAUACCAGGACCAAAGGGAGCGAAGGGAGACAAGGGCUGGUGUAAUAUAUCUCAGAAUGGCGUAAAAGGUGAACCAGGCCCACCUGGACCAUUAGGUAAACCUGGCAAGGAAGGCGAGGAAGGACGGAAGGGAGAAAAGGGCUUCCUUGGAAAUCCCGGCUACGCUGGACUACAGGGUGAAAAGGGGGAAAAAGGACCUCCAGGAUAUGCAAGUGGUGCCCCUGGUCCCCAUGGUCCUCGUGGUCUACCUGGGUUACAAGGAGAGAAAGGUUUUCCUGGUCCCCAAGGAGAAGCAGGCCCACCAGGACGUUAUCUUGAAGGCCCUCGUGGAGAGACAGGCCAAAAAGGAGAUAUGGGUCAUAAAGGAGACCAGGGUUUAGAAGGCGAGUCUCUUGUUGGACCCCCAGGGCAACCAGGACCAGACGGACCCCGAGGACUUCCAGGACCCCCCGUUGACCCCGAUGAAUGCAACAUUCCAAAAGGCGCCCACGGCCCACCUGGACCUCCAGGGCUUCAAGGAGAACUGGGACAGAAAGGGGACCAAGGAGACACUUGUGUUCAGUGUGAAGGGUUUGGCCCCGCUGGAUUACCUGGACCCCAUGGCCUUAAAGGGGAGCGAGGUCCUCCUGGUCUAGUGGGAAGCAAAGGAGACAAGGGUCAGUCAGGAUUCCCUGGAACUCCUGGAAGACCUGGCCUCAAUGGCAGUCCCGGUUUGAUUGGGGAACCAGGUGCAGUUGGAGCACCCGGAGACAUUUUCAUUGCUUCUGGUCUGAAAGGAGACAAGGGUUUGCCCGGUUUUGCCGGUUCACCAGGACAACCAGGCCUGGAUGGGAAACCUGGGAGGGAUGGCCUCCCGGGUGUGCCAGGCCACAAAGGAGAACCUGGCAGAGGCGGCAUCAAGGGUGAUCAUGGACCAAUCGGAGACCCUGGUCGUGUAGGCCCUCCAGGGGAGAGGGGUCCUUCAGGUUUGCCAGGCUAUGGCCGACCUGGGGUGCCUGGGGACAAGGGAAGUCACGGGUCUCCAGGUAACCCCGGAUUCCCUGGAGUACCUGGUGCCAAAGGUGAGCCAGGUAAAGGCGUGAGCACCCCUGGAGCGCAAGGUGUACCUGGACCACGUGGGGAGCCUGGCAGAGAUGGACUUCAAGGGGACAGAGGUCUCCAAGGAGACGCUGGAGUACCAGGUUUUCCUGGUCAGAAAGGUGAUCAAGGUUCUCCUGGAAUUGGAUUUCCUGGCCCGACUGGUCCCAAAGGAAUCAGUGGAAUUCCAGGUGCUCCCGGAUUGUCCGGAGAGCCAGGAAGACCCGGACAGGAUGGUAUUUUUGGACAGCCUGGUCCACAUGGACAAAAAGGUGAACCAGGAAUGGGGCUCCCAGGACUAAAAGGUUCACAGGGUACGCCUGGAAUUAUUGGCUUCCCAGGAGAGAAAGGUGGCGUGGGACUGCCAGGUAUUCCUGGGAGAGAAGGCCAGACAGGACCACCAGGACCUCAAGGAAUCAAAGGUAGCAUGGGCCCUGUUGGACCUGUUGGAGUGGUAGGGUUACCAGGAGCUCCAGGAAACGGCUUGCCAGGUGCCCCUGGGCCACAAGGACUGCCUGGAGAGCCUGGUCCAUUUGGUAGGGAAGGUGAAAAAGGAGAGAAGGGCUAUCAAGGUCCUCCUGGCCUCGACAUGCCAGGGCCUCAAGGAGAAAAAGGAGUCUCUGGGUUCCCGGGAGUCCCUGGUAUUAAAGGACUGUCAGGAAUACCAGGCUUUCCAGGAAGGGAUGGACAGAUAGGACAGCAAGGUUCCAAAGGUGAAAUGGGAGUCAUUGGGACCCCAGGAUUGCCAGGAUUUCAGGGAUCACCAGGUUUACCUGGAGGUCAAGGCUUGACAGGUGAUCCCGGUGUUCCUGGUUUACGAGGACAAAUUGGACAAAUUGGAGCAAAAGGAGAGAGGGGAGAGCAAGGUCCUCAAGGACCUCCAGGGAACAUGAGUAAAGUGGACAUGGUGAAAAUGAGGGGGGAUAAGGGAGACAUUGGCGACCCAGGAAACGCUGGAGUGACAGGACAGAAAGGUUAUCGUGGACUACCUGGAGACCCUGGAAUGCCAGGCAAAAAUGGAGAACCUGGUUUACCGGGACAGCCAGGUGAUAAAGGAGACAGUGGGAUUUCUGGAGAAUCAGGCAGUAUGGGUCCACCAGGUCAGAAGGGUUCUGCGGGAGAAAUGGGAAUACCGGGUUCAACUGGUCUAAAAGGUGUUAAAGGAGAUAUAGGUACACCGGGACAUCCUGGUUUCAGAGGCACGGAUGGAGAGAAAGGAGAACUGGGAUCACCUGGUGAGCCAGGUAUUGGUCUCCCAGGAUUUCCAGGAGAAAGGGGUACACCAGGCCAACCGGGAUUCCCAGGACUACAAGGGGACAGGGGUCAGAAGGGUCAAAUAGGAACACCUGGCAUGCCAGGACCUGAAGGAACUAAAGGAGAUAAAGGAUUCUUUGGCACUCCAGGCCAGCCUGGUAUACCUGGUGUGAAAGGUGUUCCAGGGCUACCAGGAUCUCCGGGGGAGCCUGGUUUUGAUGGUCGGCCCGGUGAGGGUGGUUUGCAGGGGGCACCUGGUCCUGCUGGAGAGAAAGGAGAAGCCGGUGUAGAUGGUAUACCUGGGUCGUCAGGGGAGAGAGGAGAUCCAGGUUUACCUGGCCUAAGUAUUCCGGGGGCCCCCGGAGAGAUUGGUAGCAAAGGUGACAGUGGUGAUCCUGGCAUUCCCGGCGCCCCAGGUUAUCCUGGUGUCCCUGGUAUCAAAGGUGACAAGGGACUUCCAGGCCUACAAGGACGGCAGGGUGAGCCAGGAGAAUCCGGAUUCCCAGGAAUCUCUCUAGAGGGUCCCAAAGGAGAUCGGGGCGAUGCAGGACAACCUGGAGAACCAGGAAACGUUGGAGCUCCAGGAGCUUCUGGUGUGCCGGGACGAGACGGGCAGGUGGGAGACAAAGGAGACCAGGGUCCGCCAGGUUUCCAGGGAGAGUCAGGACAAAAGGGUGACCCCGGAGGUCCAGGAUUCCCUGGACAACCUGGUGUUCCUGGGGUUUAUGGUCCCAAAGGUGAGCGGGGAUUUCAGGGUGUUCCCGGCUUCCCAGGUCCAAAGGGUACUUCCGGGGACCUGGGAUUUAAGGGAGAACUUGGAGACAGAGGAUUUCCAGGGGAAAAGGGUAACCUUGGUUCCCCUGGUCCACCUGGCCCACAUACCUUUAUCAAAGGAGACAUUGGUCAACAGGGUAUUGCAGGCUUAACAGGACCACAGGGCCCAUCUGGGUUCCCAGGACAGAAAGGACUACAGGGUGUGACUGGCCAAAAGGGGCCAAAAGGAGAAGAUGGCCUCCCUGGAUAUCAUGGUCAACCAGGAUCCAAAGGAGAACCUGGUCUCCAAGGGCCUGAAGGACCAAGAGGGUAUCCCGGCCCUUCAGGACCUGAUGGCGUUCCCGGACAACUGGGACCACCUGGCCCCUCCUCAAUGGAUCACGGGUUCUUGGUGACUCGUCACAGCCAAAAUGUGGAUGUUCCAGCUUGUCCCGAAGGCACCUCGCCCAUUUAUGACGGCUACUCUUUGCUGUACGUGCAAGGCAACGAACGCUCCCAUGGGCAGGAUCUUGGUACGGCAGGUAGCUGUCUAAGGAAGUUCAGUCCGAUGCCCUUCUUGUUCUGUAACAUCAACAACGUGUGCAACUUCGCCUCCCGUAACGACUACUCGUACUGGCUCACCUCGCCCGAGCCCAUGCCCAUGAGCAUGGCGCCCAUCACCGGGGAAAGCAUCAAACCCUUCAUCAGCAGAUGCGCGGUGUGCGAAGCCCCGGCCAUGGUGAUAGCGGUCCACAGUCAGACCAUUAUGAUCCCACCGUGUCCUUACGGCUGGGACUCCCUGUGGAUCGGAUACUCCUUCGUCAUGCAUACCAGUGCUGGUGCUGAGGGGUCGGGCCAGGCUCUGGCCUCUCCCGGUUCCUGCUUGGAGGAGUUUCGAAGUGCGCCGUUCAUCGAGUGUCACGGUCGCGGAACCUGCAACUACUACGCUAACUCCUAUAGCUUCUGGCUCGCGACCAUUGAAGACAGCGAGAUGUUUAGGAAACCCGUGCCGACGACGCUAAAAGCGGGAAACCUGCGGACGCACAUAAGCCGCUGCCAGGUGUGCAUGAAGAGGACAUAAUCCAAACACCUGCGCCCGUCCCCCACCUCUAAGCAAUCGCCGUUGCCAUACCUACUUCCUCUUGUCGGAGGACGGUGCUAUUCCCCCGCAUGUGUGAGAGCGAUGACGGACUUUGAACUUUUAAAAAACGAGAAACGUCGGAAAAAAAAAAAAAUCCCCCGCUCCACCUGGAACACUUCUACUAACAAAGAUGGCGCUCCAUGGUUUACCGCUGCACUGAGUACAUGCCCCGCCCCCACCCCAUGAACUGGUAAACUAGGUGCUAUUGGAUCAUAUAAUCUGCUUUAUUCCAUUGAAAGCUAUGUGUUUAUGGCAUAAAUCACUCUUUUGUUGACACACACUGAUAUUAAGGAUGGGACUGACCACUGACUUCAUCACUUCUAACAAGCUUCCUCUUGUAAAUAUACUGCAUUCCUAGUUCUACAUACUCUCCUCAGGUUGUUAUUGAGCGUGUGUGUGUGUGUGUGCGUUAUUAAAUACGUUUUAUUUAUAAGACA